AAGAAAUUAGUGUUCACAAUUCUCCCCAAGCCUCAUUUAUGUAUCUUAUGAUCCUUACCUAAAUAUCAUACUCCAUAUUUCUUUUUCCUCAAGAUCAUUACCUUUGUACAAUAGCAAUUCAUACCAAAUCUUGCAAUGGCAGCACCAAUCUCUAGAGUGAGCAUCACACCCACCCCAAAACACUUCUCUAAACCAACAGAUUCAUCAGACUCUCACCUCAUCAACCUUUCAUUACCAACCACCCCAUGGAGGAGGUGCACCGCCCGCCGAAUAAACAUCCGGCCAGCAGCAGCCGUCCCUGACAAGCUGUCAGGAAAGGUCGAGGAGAGCAUCAAGCAUGCACAGGAGGCUUGCUCGGAGGAUCCUGUCAGCGGAGAGUGCAAGGCUGCAUGGGACGAGGUGGAGGAGCUGAGUGCGGCAGCCAGUCAUGCUAGGGACAGGCAGAAGGAAGCCGAUCCAUUGGAGAACUACUGCAAGGAUAAUCCUGAAACAGAUGAGUGCAGAACUUAUGAUGACUAAUACUGUGUUUCUUCAUCUCUAAACCUAUGCUUCAAUGUUGUAAGGUUAUAGUUAAGGCCUUUCAACUAUUGUAUGAAACAAUGGAUCAUAAUUGAGCAACCUGCUGUAUCUGGACAAUAGCAUUGCUAUCAUCAAAACUCUAUUAGCAGCAGAAAUACAAGAGAUUUAACUUUUAUACA